GCUCAUAUGAAUUAUUUCCCUUAGCUUACAUAUUUUUUGCAAUUAUGCAAAUUAGGGUGCCCAAAACGCUUCGUGAGGCCCAAUAGAAUUAAAACGUGACAACAACUGUGUGGGUGUAUCCUAGAUGGUGCAGUAAAUAGGGAAGGUCAUUGCUUCUGUAGCCAAACAGAACAAAAUCCUAAAAUACUGGGGCUUGUCAGUAUUCCAGCCUGUGACAUUUGAGAUGUCUGGAGGAGCUGGACAUUGGAGUUCUUGUCAUUAGAGGCUCACCAUACCGAGGUGACAGGUGAUUCCUGUGAGGGUGCUUGGGCUUAGGGUCCCAACAACUUAACCUUGCCAUUGCCUGCAAUAAGGCUGUGAGUAUGUUGGCUUACUUCAAUAAGUUCCAAUGACCAUUAUGGUGUGCGACUGAUUGAUGCACUUAGUGUUCAGGAUCACCGGCUUUUCACCACAAUUGAAAAAAUUCAAGAGGAACUGUCCCAGCAGAGGGAAAUUCUGCAGCUAAUUCAAAAUAUUCCAUUCUCAUCCUCCAUUUCAGAGACAAGAAACCUCCCCGAUACAGUUUAUUUCCCUUGUGGGAGUCAAGAGGAUGUUGAGGCUUUGGAAGCUAAGUGAUGGUGCAGUUCAAAAUAACCUGGUUAUUUGUACAUUUUAAUGGUUUUACCUGCUGGUUCAUUAAUAACCUCUCUGCCCCUCUCUAACUGAUCUGUCUACUUACAUGUGACAAUUGCUUUCUUCAUUCUUCACAUGUGUGUUUCCAUAUCCCACACACACACCAAAGACACUCACACCCAUCAUUGUGUGCUCAUAUCAGUACUCAUAACCUCAGAUUCAGUUUCUUUUGAACGUAUAGUAAUUACAAAUAUCUAAGCGCAUCAAUCUGAUAUUCAGUUGAAAACAUUAUUUGAUUAAGGUCCCAGCAGGAACCUCAGAAAGUGACAUGGUGCCUGUAUACUGUGGUUUACAAGUUCUGUUUUACUGGUAAAAUAAGAUAAGUCAACCAAUGGCAGUGGGUUUAAAUCCUCUGGCAAACUUUCAUUUGGCCAGUUGAAACUUUCAUCAGUGAUUCACAUGGAGAAAGAAACAAAUUGAAGCUAAUUGUAAUGACGGCCUCUUGACUACAAAUCCUCGUCCUGGAUAUGGAGCUGAUGUCCUUAAUGAAACUGAAUAUUAUUUUGAGAACAAUAGACGACAUGAAAAAUGGAUUAUUGUUAGUAAACAACAAACCAACUGUAGGUGAUUAUCAGCUGAAAUUUAAUGAUGUAAUUUCACAUACCAUACACCGGCAUGAAAACCCUGUAGUUGGAACACAAUUAGAAAUUCUUGAAGACAAUGAAGAUUUAAUAGUCAUCAAUAAACCAUCUUCAAUCCCAUGCCAUCCCUGUGGAAGGUACAGAUACAAUUCUAUUGUCUUCAUUCUUGGCAAGGAAUAUGGCUACAGUAACUUGAGAAACAUUUAUCGCCUUGAUCGAUUGACAUCUGGUGUUUUAAUUUGUGCCAAAACUGCAAAGAAGACAAGGGAACUAGAAGACCAAAUCAUCAAUAAAAAAGUACGGAAGGAAUAUGUAUGUCGAGUAGUUGGACGAUUUCCUGAUGGUGAUGUUGAAGUUGAUCAACCUCUGGACUGCAUCAAUCACAAGAUAUCCUUAUGGCAAGUGCGACCCGGUGGAAAAGAAAGCAAAACACUCUUCAGUCGCCUUAGUUACAAUGGAAAAUCAAGUGUUGUUAGAUGCAUUCCUUACACAGGGCGAACACAUCAGUUGCGUGUACAUUUGCAAUAUUUAGGACAUCCAAUCAUAAAUGAUCCACUUUAUUAUGGCCCAGCUUGGGGACCAGAAGCUGGCAAAGGAACUAUUUUUCAAUGCAAAAUUGAUGACACAAAGAUCAGUGAUGAGGUGAUGAAAAACCACAACAUUGGUCUGUGGGAGAAUGGACCAAAUCCUAAUUUUGAACUUCGUUUAAAACAAUUGAAAGAGGAGAAGUCCGUUGCUUCUGAUCAUGAAGACACUAUUGAUGAAGUAAAAAACACAGAACCAGCAGCAAAGCGGUUGAAGACAAGUGACCAACCUGAAAAGUUAGACACAAUCAGCAAUACUGAAAUUUUUCAGCCAGAGUUUGAUUUAAAAAAAUGGAUACCAAAUGAAAACUGCAUCCAUUGUAAGACCCUCUAUCUAGACCCACAACCAAAAGAUUUGGUCAUGUAUUUGCAUGCACUGAGUUACAAGGGUCCUGACUGGGAAUACAGAACUAUUCUACCUGAUUGGGCUGCACCAGACUGGCAAGAAUAGGAAGCUUUAGAAAUACUAAAGAUGUGUGAUAUACCAAUGUAUAUUUUUAAUAAAAUAUGUAAAAUCUACA